CCAUUGCUAAAAAUAAUAACAUAAUAUAUAUUAGACUUCCUUUUCCUUUUGCAAACACUGUUUACCACACAUUUUGUUUGUUUGUAUCAAUCAAAAAGUGAUCAUCACUUCCAAGUGAUCCACAACAACAACAACACUAAAGAUGGUAAACGUACCGAAGACACGCCGGACCUACUGUAAGGGCAAGUGUGGCAAACAUACUGUUCACAAAGUAACCCAAUACAAGAAAGGCAAAGAGUCAUCGAUGGCUCAGGGAAGGAGACGUUACGAUCGUAAACAACAGGGUUUUGGAGGACAAUCGAAACCUAUAUUCAGAAAGAAGGCAAAGACUACUAAAAAGAUUGUCUUAAGAAUGGAAUGUUCAGAAUGUAAGACAAGAAAACAGUUGCCAAUCAAACGGUGCAAACAUUUCGAGAUCGGCGGAGACAAGAAACGAAAGGGACAAAUGAUUCAGUUUUAAGACAUUGGAUUAGAUUUGUCUUAGUUGUCAUCCGAUUGAAGAUAUUGAUUGAAUAUAUUAUUGUAAUCUAAAAAAUAAUAAUUAAUAUUUGAUAAAAAUAAUAAAUUUUUUCAAAAAUUA